CUCACAUCAGCACAUCCCAGCUUCAUCAAUCAUUCCUUUUUUAUAUCCUUUCCCUCGCCUAGCUUUCCCUCAUCUUACGCCCCAUUGUUCCAGACAGCUAUACCCACCAUGCCGGAGAAUCGAACUGUCAAAACCGCCCUCUCCCACAUCGACCAAGACCCCUCCAAGGUUCUUGGCCUGACAGUAGGCCCUCACACCAAUAUAAAACCAGGCCAAUACAUCCCCAAAGCCGACGCCCAAUCACCCCCAAGCCUAACCUUCAACGCCCCCUCCCCAUCAACAACCUACAUGGUCAUCGGACUGGACAUCGACGCCCCCUUCCCCUCCUUCGGCGUCCUAGGACCGAUCCUCCACUGGAUCCAACCAGGACUGAAAGCCAACAACAGCGAACUAGAAAUAACCAAACCCUUCGUGGCGAACUAUAUCGGACCCGCGCCGCCGCCUGGUAGCUCGUCGCAUCGGUAUGUGUUCUUGCUCUAUGAGCAGCCCGAGGGGUUCGAUGGGGCGAAGUAUGCGCCGGCGAACGGGCAGAAUCUGAGUAAUUGGCAUCGCAUGAGGUAUGAUCUUGAUGCUUGGGCGAAGGAGAUUGGGCUUGGAGAAGUGGUGGCGGGGAAUUAUUUUAGGAGUAAUUGAGGAGAAUGAGGGUGUUAUUGUGGGCUGUGUUAUGUGUAUGUUAGGGAGGUAUAUGAUAUACUGGUAGUAUUGAUUUUUGAAGGGCGUUGGUAUUGGAGCAAUGUGUUGAGUUCUGUCGUGGAUCGGUGAGGAUACAUGGUGAGGGAAGAUGUACCUUUCCUUAUGCAUGAGGUGAAUGAAGAUCUGGCGAGUUAUGUGCUA